CGACUCCUUAAUAGAUGUCGCCCUUUUAAAAAUUCAAAUUUAAACUUUUGAAAUAAUCCAUACAAAUAAUAAUUAUUAUGCAAUUAACCAUUUAUCGAUGUUUUUAUUAAUUAAUUACGAUAACCUCCGACCUAUUAUUGACGAAAUCUAUCUCGAAAUACAUAAUUUCUUUGCGGGAGGUUAUCAGCUGAUUCCUUCACACACAACCUCACAUGGAAUCAACAAGUAGUUGCCAAACACUUUUUGAUUUUUUUUUUUUUUUGAAAAAUAAACUUGUGUAACUACUUCAUUUAAUACUCAGCAGUUCUGAGAAGAAGAAGUUUAUUUUUCUAGCAUCAGAAAUAGAAUGGCAUCAGAAAACGUUUUGGUUGUGGGCAGCGGCGGUCGAGAACACGCCAUCGUCUGGAAACUGGCUCAGAGUAAAAAAGUCAAGGAUAUUUACGUCGCUCCAGGUAGUUCCGGAAUUGAAAAUGUACCCCGAACCAAAAAUGUCCUUUUGAAUAUUAAGGAUUUUCAGGAAGUCGUCAACUUUUGUAAAACCAACUCCAUAUCCCUAGUAGUCAUCGGUCCAGAAGACCCUCUGGCAAACGGAAUGGCAGACGCACUGACUUCCGCAAAAAUCCCAGUAUUCGGCCCUGGAAAAAUCGCAGCCCAAAUCGAAUCCGACAAGGACUGGUCCAAAGCCUUCAUGGACAGACACGGCAUCCCCACAGCCAAAUGGAAAUCCUUCAACAACGCACAACAAGCGAAAAAUUUCAUCGAAAAUGCUCCGUUUCCCGCUCUAGUUGUGAAAGCCAGCGGGCUUGCAGCUGGAAAAGGUGUAGUUGUAGCUGCAAACAACCAAGAAGCUUGUAGGGCUGUAGAUGAAAUUUUGACUGACAAGAAGUACGGCAAUGCAGGUGAAACUGUUGUAGUAGAAGAAUUGCUGUCAGGAGAAGAAGUUUCGGUUUUGGCAUUUUGCGAUGGCAAUACAAUCAAAGCUAUGCUGCCAGCUCAAGACCACAAGCGUAUAUUUGAUAACGAUGAAGGCCCCAACACUGGUGGAAUGGGUGCUUAUUGCCCUUGUCCUUUAUUAACCAAUGACCAAUACCAAUAUGUGCAAAAACAGGUUUUAGAAAAAAGCCUUUUAGGCUUCAAAAAAGACAACAUCAAAUACUGUGGAGUAUUAUAUGCAGGUUUGAUGCUCACUCCACAAGGCCCAAAAGUUUUGGAAUUCAAUUGUCGCUUUGGCGAUCCAGAAACUGAAGUAAUCCUGCCUUUGUUGGAAUCGGAUUUAUUUGAAAUAAUGCUCUCUUGUGCCAAUGGCACUUUAGAAUCUCAACAAUUAAAAUGGAAGGAGAAUGUUAGCGCUGUAGGAGUUGUAAUGGCUUCGAAAGGUUAUCCAGAAACUUCAACUAAAAACCAAGUGAUUAAAGGUAUUGAAACUGUAAACUCCAAACCAAACCAUUUGGUUUUUCAAUGUGGAACAGCAUUUAAAGAUGGCAAUAUUGUAACCAAUGGAGGAAGAGUAUUGAUUGUGGUUGCUUUGGGGCCUCAGCUAGUUACAGCUGCAGCUAACGCAGCUAAAUCUUGCGAAAUAAUUAAAUUCGAAGGCUCGCAACAUAGAAGAGAUAUUGCGCAUAAAGGCAUUGCAAGCUCGAUACUUGAAUCUGGAAAAUUAACUUACAAAGCCAGUGGGGUGGAUAUUACAGCGGGCAAUGAGCUAGUUGAUCAUAUUAAGCCCGCAGCUAAGUCGACUAAUAGGGCAGGAGUAAUGGGGGCUCUUGGUGGGUUUGGGGGGCUGUUUGAUACAAAAGCAGCCGGGUAUGUUGAUCCUUUGUUGGUUUCUGGAACUGAUGGAGUUGGAACAAAAUUGAAAAUUGCUCAAGAAAUGGGUCUUCAUGAAACAAUAGGGAUUGAUUUAGUUGCCAUGUGCGUUAAUGAUGUUUUAGCUCACGGGGCUGAGCCUCUGUUUUUCUUAGAUUACUUUGCUUGUGGGGCUUUAGAUGUUAAUAUCGCCAAACAAGUUGUUACUGGGGUGGCUGAAGGCUGUAGACAAGCUGGAUGUUCUUUGAUUGGUGGAGAGACUGCUGAAAUGCCCGACAUGUAUCCGCCAGGAGAUUAUGAUUUAGCUGGUUUUUCAGUUGGAGCAGUUGAACGUGGCCAGUUGAUGCCACACAUAAAUAAAAUAGAAGCGGGAGAUGUUAUAUUGGGAUUGCCAUCUUCGGGAGUUCACAGUAACGGGUUCAGUUUGGUGCGGAAAGUUAUGAAGUUGGCUGGAGUUAGUUAUCAAGAUAGAGCUCCUUUUAGUGUUAAUAAGAAAAGUUUUGGUGAAGAAUUAUUAGCUCCAACUAAAAUCUACGUUAAAACCGUAAUUCCAGCGGUGAAAACUGGAAAAGUCAAGGCAUUCGCCCACAUUACAGGCGGAGGUCUAACCGAAAACAUCCCAAGAGUAUUGCCAGAUCAUUUAGCAGUAGAACUGGACGCUGAAACCUGGAAAAUACCGCCAGUAUUUUCUUGGCUAGCUACUGCUGGUGGCAUAAACGAACCAGAAAUGCUUAGAACCUUCAACUGUGGUAUAGGAGGUAUUUUAAUCACCAACCCAAAACAUGGCCAAGAAAUUUUGGAUUUAAUCCAAUCUGAUGGAGCUACGAUAAUUGGAAGAGUGACAAAAAAGCAACAAGAUCAAGUAAUAGUAAAAAACUUCACUCAUGUCCUGGAACAAUCAAUGCGCCCGUUUGUGCCAGAAUUAAUCUCUAAACUGAGUCAAUCUAAGAAAAAAGUAGGAGUCUUGAUUUCAGGCAGUGGCACCAACUUGCAAGCCCUAAUAGAUGCAACUCAGGACUCCACUCAGCACAUGGGCUCAGAAAUCGUUUUGGUAAUCUCAAAUAUCCCCAAUGUAGAAGGUUUAAAAAGAGCCGAAAAAGCUGGAAUAGCUACUGUUGUGCUCAACCACAAAAACUAUGAAUCCAGAGUUGAUUUUGAUAUGGCUAUGGAUAAGGAAUUAGCUAUUGCUGGAGUUGAAAUUGUUUGCCUAGCAGGUUUUAUGCGAAUUCUAAGCAAAGAGUUUUGCGAGCAUUGGAGAGGAAGGCUUAUCAACGUACAUCCUGCUUUGCUGCCACUCUUUAAAGGGACUCACGCUCAAAGGCAAGCAUUGGAAGCUGGGGUCAGAGUAAGCGGAUGCACUGUACAUUUUGUAGAGCCGGAUGUAGAUGCAGGUGCCAUAAUUGUACAAGAAACUGUGCCAGUCGAGAUUUACGAUACUGAAGAUUCUUUGAUUGAAAGAAUUAAAAUUGCCGAGCAUAAAGCGUUUCCUAGAGCUCUUAAACUAUUGGCGACGGGAAAAGUUCGAUUGGCAAGCGACAAGAAAAUCUUUUGGUGUUGAUCAUUUGCAUUUCAAGUUACAAGGCAAUAAAAACU